UUCCGCUAGGCCACCAUGCCCUCCGGAAGAUAGUUUGUUGUAGUUGAGCACAGGAAUGAGUGAACGGUGUCUACAUCCUGUUUAUAAACAUAUCGUGUGGGUCACGCGGCGAGAUUCCAUAAAGCAGUGAACACAGGUGAACCCAACAGACCCUUAUAAACACCGCUAAAGUGUCACAAAAAAGCCCCGGUGCGGUGUGAGAGUGGCAGAAGUGCCCGAGCGCGAGACGAGGCAGGCGCGGGGAGCGAGGAGGAGAGGCGCGAGGAGCCAGGAGCGGCGCGAGCCGAUGGAGCCCGCACCGGCGAAGGGGAAGCCGCAGGGCCGGCUGCUGGUCUCCACCAGUCUGGAUGCGAAAGACGAGCUGGAGGAGCGGCUCGAGAGGUGCGUCGGCAUAGUGACAUCUCUGACCAGCGGCCUGUCGGAACGCGAGGCCAACGAUGCCCUGACCGCCCACGUGUGUAAGGGUGCACAGCAGCAUGAGGAGGUGUGCUUGGGACUCUUCACACUGCUGCUGACAGAGCCACCACAAGCCCAGCGGUGUUACCGGGACCUAACACUUGUUAAUAGGGAUGGUAUGAAUGUGGUUCUCAUGAAGAUCAACCAGAUCCUCAUGGAGAAGUUCCUCAAGCUGCAGGAUGUAUGCCGCACUCAGCUGGUGUGGCUGGUGCGGGAGCUGGUGAAGAGUGGGGUGCUUGGAGCUGAUGGAGUUCUCAUGACCCUCAUGAAGCAGAUUGCUGGAGGGGACAUCUCCAGCAAGAAUCUGUGGUUGGCUGAAAAUGUGUUGGACAUCCUUGUUGACCAGAGGGAGUGGGUGUUAAAAAGUGGCAUGCUGAUCGCCAUGUCAGUCUACACAUACCUGCGGCUCAUCGUGGACCACCAUGGCUCGCCCCCUCUCCUGGCUCUGCGGCAGAAGGAGGUGGACUUCUGCAUCGGGCUUCUAAGGGAGAAGUUUAUGGAUUGUUUCAUCAUUGGGAGAGACCUGGUGCGGCUGUUGCAGAAUGUGGCUCGGAUCCCUGAGAUGGAGCUACUAUGGAGGGACCUGCUGCACAAUCCACAGACCCUCAGCCCUCAGUUCACAGGCGUGCUACAACUUUUGUCUUCGCGCACAUCCCGCAAGUUCCUGGCAUGUCGCCUCACGCCUGACAUGGAGACCAAGCUCCUCUUCAUGACCUCCCGGGUACGGUUUGGUCAGCAAAAGAGGUAUCAGGACUGGUUCCAGCGGCAGUAUUUGUCAACAGCAGACAGUCAGUCACUACGCUGUGAUCUGAUCCGCUACAUUUGUGGUGUGGUGCACCCCUCAAACGAGGUGCUGAGCUCUGACAUCCUGCCUCGCUGGGCCAUCAUUGGCUGGCUGCUCACCACCUGCACAUCCAAUGUUGCAGCCUCAAAUGCUAAACUGGCUCUCUUCUAUGAUUGGUUGUUCUUCAACCCAGAGAAAGACAGUAUCAUGAACAUAGAGCCUGCCAUCUUGGUGAUGCACCACUCCAUGAAACCACACCCUGCCAUUACUGCUACCCUACUGGACUUCAUGUGCAGGAUCAUCCCCAAUUUCUACCCACCUCUGGAGGCAAAUGUGCGUCAGGGCAUCUUUAACUCCCUCACAUUCAUCAUGGAAAAAAGAGUUCUGGCUCACCUCGCCCCCUUGUUUGACAACCCCAAGCUGGAUCGUGAGCUGCGGUCGAUGUUGAGAGAGCGUUUCCCUGAAUUUUGCAAUUCACCCUCCCCACCAGCUGAGGUGAAAAUGGAAGAGUCUGUUACCCUGGAGAUGGAUAAUCACGUAUUAGAGAAGGAAGAUGGUUGCUACGACAACACAGAGGCCACCUUCAGCGAUGAUGAGGAAGAGCUCAACAACAAGGGCAAAAAGCGUGAGUUCAGGUUUCACCCAAUUAAAGAAGCCAUCAUUGAUGAGCCUGCUGAUAUCACACCAUUUGUAGACCAGUUAGAUGAGACUUUGAGGGAAAAGGUACUGCAGCUGCAGAAAGAAAGUGACACAGAGAUGCAAUGUGAGGUGAUGCAGGAGAUAGUAGACCUUAUUCUAGAGGAGGACUUUGACUCUGAGCAGAUGUCCACUUUGGCAUCUUGUUUAGCUGAGCUUUUUAAAGGUCACUUUCGGGGUGACGUGCUGCCGGAAGAGAUCACAGAGGAAUCCCUGGAGGAGUCCGUGUGCAAGCCUGUGUGCCUGGUCUUCAGGAACCUGUGUCAGAUGCAGGAAGAUAACAGCGGCUUUUCCGUUUUGCUGGAUAUGCUGGCAGAGCUGUACCAGAAGCAGCCCAAGAUCGGCUAUCACCUGCUCUACUACCUCAAGGCCAGUAAAGCGGCUAUGGGGAAGAUGAGCUUGUACGAGUCAUUUGCCCAAGCCACAGCUCUGGGUGACUUGCACACCUGCCUCAUGAUGGAUAUGAAGGCCUGCCAGGAGGAUGAUGUGCGGCUCCUCUGCUACCUCACACCUUCCAUUUACAGCGAGUUCCCUGACGAGACGCUACGAAGUGGAGAGCUCCUCAACAUGAUUGUAGCAGUCAUUGAUUCCACCCAGCUUCAAGAGCUAAUGUGCCAUGUAAUGAUGGGCAAUCUGGUGAUGUUUCGGAAAGACUCGGUUCUCAAUAUUCUCAUUCAGUCUUUGGACUGGGAGACAUUCGAACAAUAUAGCACCUGGCAGCUGUUCCUAGCCCACAGCAUCCCCCUGGAGACCAUCAUUCCCAUUCUGCAGCACCUUAAGUAUAAGGAACACCCAGAGGCCCUGUCCUGUUUGCUACUACAGCUGCGGAGAGAGAAGCCCACUGAGGAGAUGGUGAAAAUGGUUCUCAGCCGGCCAUGCCAUCCUGAAGACCAGUUCACUACCAGCAUUCUUCGCCACUGGGCUGUCAAGCAUGAUGACACCCUGGGAGAGCACAUUAAGGCCCUGCUCAUCAAGAACAACAGCUUGCCACGCAAGCGUCAGAGUCUGCGCAGCUCUAGCAGCAAGUUGGCUCAGCUGACUCUGGAGCAGAUCCUGGAGCACUUGGACAACCUGCGGUUGAACCUCAUGAAUACAAAGCACAACUUCUUCACACAGACUCCCAUACUGCAGGCCCUCCAGCACGUCCAGGCCAGCUGUGAUGAGGCCCACAAAAUGAGGUUCAGCGACCUUUUCUCAUUGGCUGAAGAGUUUGAGGACUCUUCCAAGCCGCCCAAGUCCCGACGCAAGGCACCAGUGGCAUCGUCCCUGCGCUCCCGAAAGGGUGUGGCCCCUCCUGCCAGCAAUGAAGAGGAGAGCGCCUCCAGCAGUGCCUCGGAGGAGGAAGAUUCCAAACCCAAAGCCCCCAAGCGGAAGAGGAAAGGCUCAUCUGCCGUGGGUUCUGACAGCGACUAAGAGACUUAACCACCUGCCCUGAAUGCCAUUGUGAUGUCACUGGAGACAUGCCCACGGCUCACUCUGCUCACCUGGGCAGAGCCUCGGCCUCAGACACGUCAGCUGUAAGGGGUGCGUCUUCUACCCGGACUCUACCACUACUGGCCAAGGCCAGCUGUGGAGGCAUGCCCCUCCCCCCACCUCUAUGUGCUCAUUGACUCACAUGGCAAUGAGCAUGGCAGGGUUGGAGGGAAUGGCAGCAAGUUGGGACGCCGAGAACUCUUGUCACCAUGAUUCAGACAAAUGUGACUGACACAAUGGACCGACAGACUCCGCUUCUGCCUUACAAAAUGGAUUGCACAAGUAUCCAGGCUUCAAAGGGUUGAAUGGAAUCGUGUUGCUACACUGCCCCCCUUUUGCCCACCAGCACUAGCUUCUCCCAGACAGCAAAGUGUAAUGCCUAUUGAGAUGUGCCACCUUCUAAGUCCGGGAUCUUCCAAGAUUCCAUCUGUUCCAAACAAUGACUGGAGACAGGACCUUCCUGCACUCCUCUUAUUAUAGUUUUAACAGAUAAAUUUGCUAAAAAUGCCCACAUAGUGAGGCAAGGUUGCUGUAGAUGGAGUGAGAUGCAGUACUUGAAGUUACUUACAAUAUCUGUGUUAACGGGAUCAUGGAUAGACACCAAUCACUUGGCCAAGGUAGGUUUCAGUAGAUAAAGGAAGAAUUCUUCAGAGGGCCUCUGGUGCGGGUACAGAGGCAGCUUGGUGCCCUGUGUGCUGACAGCUUUCUCUGCUGUUAAAUAUGGUGUCCUGCUAUGGUGACCUGAGGAGCCCACGUUACCUGCCCUACAGACCUCUUAAGGGUAUGGCUUAAAGAAAAUGGAUAUCAACACAAGAUUACAAGGGUUUUUAAUUUCUUUUGAUCAGUCAAUUUUCAUAUACAAAGAGAUCAUAACAUGCUGAUAAUAAAUAAGGAUUUAAAAAGAAACAGUGUUUCUUUAAAUUGUUUUUGGUACAGGAAACUUUUUGUCUGUUCUCAUUGUUCAAGUGCAGUGCCAUAACAAUAAGCAGAAGGGUUUAAGUGCACUUCACCUUUUCAGAUCAGCUCAAAGGCAUUCAAACUUCAUUCCCCUGCCAGGUUUCUUUUGGUUUUCUGUAAUUGCAAAGCUUUCAGUGGUAAAGGCACAGAAUCAAUACGAAAU